AUGAUGAAAAAUAGAAUGCUAUAAUCUCUCCAAUAGAAGGUUGUUUAUCAUUUUGAUGAUAAUUACAAUAAGUUUUAUAAGGAGAAGAAUGAGAAUUUGGUAUUUUUUUAAGUUGAAAUUCAGAUCCAUCCUACUUACACAUCUAAACAUUUUAAAGUGUCAUCAAGUUCAAUCGUUCAAUACUUGGAAGAAAAGAAGAUGGAACACAAGAUCUAGGGAAAGUAUGUACAAUUAAGAUAUUGUCCAUUCUGUCCGAAACAUAAUAUAGAGAAUCCAUCAAACUAGUUUGUUAUGGGAAUUAAUUUGGAGAAUGGGUCUUAUAAUUGUUUUAGAGCAACUUGUUAAGCAAGAGGAUCUUGGUUUGAUUUUAAGAACUUUAUGAAUGGGAAUCUAAAUAGUUCACAACAAUAGAAUUAAUAGAGUGUAUAGCAGCCAACUUAGAAGUUGAAUAUAUUUGAAUAUCACUAAUAUUAUGAGAGAUUAAAGUUGUAAGAACCAAAAAUAGUCUAUGACUAUUUGAUAGGGGAUGAUUGGGAAAAUAAUUAAAGAGGAAUUAAGGAUGAUGUGUUAAAAUUGUAUCUGAUUGGUAUUGAUAUAACUGAAAUCUACGAUCCAUAGUAGGGCAGUUACGUUUAGGCUCCCCUUAUAUACUUUCCUAUGUUUCGAUAUAGAAAUUAACAUGAGAGGAAUAAAUUGAUGCAGAAAGCUUUGAAGUAGAAAAAGGAUGAAGUGUUGGCUGAAUAGGUGAUGAGUGAAGAAACCAAAUAGAAUAUUAAAUCACAAUUAGAUAACUAAUUUGACAAUUUAUAGUAUGAAUUGGUGAGUUGUAAGAUCAGAGCAGCCGGAAAGGAUUUGAAGCAUAUUCAAAAGAUCGAACCUAUGAAUGCAGCUAAAGGAAUAUUUGGAAUGCAUUUACUAAAAUAAGAUUCUACUCAGGUGAUUUUAACAGAAGGAGAAUUUGAUGCUAUGGCUGCUUAUUAAAUGACAAAUAUUCCUGCUAUAUCAUUACCAUAUGGUAUCAAUCAUAUUCCAGCCUAUCUUAUUGAAUGGUUGGAUUAAUUUGAGAAAUUGAAUGAUAUUAUAAUAUGGGUAGAUGAUGAUAAUCCUGGAAGAAUCAAUUCAUAGAAGAUUGCUCGUAAACUUGGUAAUGCGAGAACAAGAGUGGUCUAACCAUCUUUACUUGAUCCUCAUGACUAUCCAAAAGAUGCAAAUGAUUGCUUAAGAUUCUAUCCAGAUAAAGUCAUGACUUACAUUGAUCAAUCAAAAUGUCUAUUAAAGAAGAAUAUCACUUAGUUUACUGAUUUUAAAUAAUUGACCAAAAAUAGAAUCUUAAACUUUGAAUUGUCUAAAGGAACUCAAUCUUAAACUUUUACAACCUAUAAUAAUACAACUAAAGGAUUGAGAACUGGAGAAUUCACUAUUUUGACUGGACCUACUGGUAGUGGUAAAACAACCUUUUUGAGUCAGCUAUCUUUAGAUUUCUGUAAAGAAGGCAUAACAACACUUUGGGGUAGUUUUGAAAUUAAGACUGACAGAUUGGCCGAACAUUAAUUAUUGCAAGCUUAUAAGACAGAUUUAAUUAAACAAAAGGAUUUGAUUGAUGUAGCAGUUCAAAAAUUUGAAAAUGAAAUGCCAAUUUAUUACAUGAAUUUUUAUGGGUCAACAGAUCUAGAUCAAAUUAUUGAUACAAUUGAAUAUGCAAUAUACGAAUAUAAUGUAACUCAUGUUUGUUUGGAUAAUUUGUAAUUUAUGAUGGGAACUUAAGUCGGAGGAAAUAGGAAAUUUGAUUUUCAGGAUGAAAUAAUAGAAAAAUUCAGAAGAUUGACUAGUAAUAAUGAUAUCCAUUUAACUUUGGUCAUUCAUCCAAGGAAAGUUGAUGAAAAUGAGGAUUUAACUAUUGCAUCUAUUUUUGGUUCAGCUAAAGCCACUCAAGAAGCUGACAACGUUUUUAUUAUCUAAAACAGACCUAGAUAUAGAGUGUUCGAAAUUAAGAAAAAUCGAUAUGAUGGAGAAGUAGGUAGAGUUGGAUUAGGUUUUGAUUCUAAUGUGAAGUCAUUCUUUGAACUUACAUCUGCAGAAGUCAAAGAAUUAAAUGAAGAAAAGACUACUAUAUUAGAUAUUAUUAAUAAAAGGAAACAAGAGGGCAGACAUUUUAAAUAAGAGAUCACUAUUAAUGAUAAAAACCCUAAUAAUGAUGGUGGAAAUAAUGAAGGGGGAUCUCCAAAUAAAGGAGGAAAUCAUAAUAAUAAUCCAAUCAAUCCUAAAAUAUCUAAAAAAGAUAAUUUGAAUGCUCAAAAAAUAAGAUUAGAAAAUAUUGAAAUUCCAGAUCCAAAUAUUUUCAAAGAUCUCAAUGAUGAUGAAGAGGAUCAAAUGGCUUAAUUAGAUAAAAUGACUUUACAAUACGCAAAUCAAGAAAUAUCAGAAAUUAUCCUAAAUGAAAAACCAGUGAAAUAGGCUUUGGAUGAAAUUGAAGAUACUGAAAAAAUUGCUAAGGUGGAAAGUUUAAUUGAUAAUUCAUUUGUAGAAAUUAAUGAAAAAAAGCAAGUCCAUCAGGAUAGUACUCCAGAUGCUUAGUUAAACUAAGGUAAAAUGAUUAGGGAAUGUUAAAAAUGCAUUGACCCUUCUAAUGACUAUCUUGAAAUAUGGAAGUUUGACCAAGAUAGUGAUUAUGGAUUACAACCAAAAAUUGGAUAAUAUGAACCAAAACAGGAAUAAUAGGCUUAGCCAGAUAAUAAUUAAACUCAAUCUAAUUAUAAUGAAUUUGCAUUAUUCAAUUCUGAUCCAUUGAAUAAGUUUGCUGCUCAAAAAAUUAAUAAAGAACUAGAUUAAAUUUCAUAGAGAGAUGAAUUCUAGCCUGUUGAUGACCAAAUAGAACUCUCUAACUAAUAUACAAAUUCAAAGAGCAAAUCUAAAAGGGCUUCUUUUAUUCACGUUGGAUCAAAGAAGCCUUCUAAAUAAUAAUUAGAUUUAUGAAGAUUAUUUAAUAG